UUAAAGUGAACCUGUUGGGCAUAAAACAUGUCAGGUCAUUUACCUGUGGAUUAACCAGCCUUAAAGGGGCAGCAUGACAUGUUUUUCAGGCGCAUGGUGACAUUUUAAAGCAUAAUCGAGUAGGGCUGAAACAAUCGGAUUAAUUGUGAUUAAUCGAUUAUUGAAAUAAUCGUCAACUCAUUUAGAUUAACAGUUGGAGUGUACAGAUUCAAAAAAGUGCAUUUGGUGAAAAAAAAAACACAUUUAGAGCAGUAAUUAAGCUAAAACUGUAAAAAAAUAAUAUACAUUUUGCAUUUAAGAUAAACACCUUUAUCUUAAUGCUUUUCUAAUAUUGCAUGAAAAAUUGUUAAAUCUCAUUUUUAAUCUGAUUAACCGAUGGUUAAUAAUUUAAAAGAAACUUGAUGUUGCAAUUAGACCCCUUGAAAAUGGGCCUCUGUCUCUUUAAGAAGGUCCAACUCUUCCACUCUGACUUCUGCAAGUUGUCACAACAAUGCUCCUCCAUUAUGCCGUUUACGACCGUUCUUAACCCCUGAUCCUUACAUUUCUGCAAACUGGACCUACAAAAAUAAAUUCGCUUCAUAGAAAUGGCAAUUUUGAGAAAAGUUUUGGUGGCAGGACGAAGUGGUUUUUCGGCCCUGUCGAAAUUUGUGUAUUUUGCAAAACUGCAAUGGAAAAUUUUUCGCAUCACACGAGUCAUGUGAUCAACAACAGGAAAAUAAAGACAACAGGAAGUCAUAGGGGAUGAUGGCGCAGCAUGUUUUUCAUAUUCACAUGUGAUCUCAGUUGCGUUUUUUAUUUAAUGGAAACACCGGAUUGCGAAAUUGUGUUUCUCUUGACAUUAAUGAAAUGCCAACAAAGUUUUGCUCGCAUCUGAAAUGGAAACGCAGCUACUGGGAGAGGUGGUCCAGUGGUCCAGGAGACUGAUUUACUGUGCAGCCCUGGUACAUUAACAAUCUCAACAAUUCAGACCGUUUUAGGGGUUUUAAUUAUCAUUAAUGAUAAAUCAACAUCUUAUCAUUUAUCGUGACAAACGAUACGAUAAUUGCCAUCCCCUACCUCUCACUGAGAUCAGUUCCGGUAACUCGGCAUAAUUUUCUACACCAACAGCCGUAGGAGACCCCUCCGCGUCCAACAUGGACACAUUUUUCCGUCGUCACUUCAGGAGGAAGGAAGCGUCCCUGGAGGCGGACCCUGCCGCCGCUGCAUGCCGCCAGCGCCGGCCCAGCGUCGCCAUCCCCACCAGUAAGGCCCGCCGCCGCUCCAGCGUGGGCCUCCCAUCCUCCGGCCUGACGCAGCGGCGACGCUCCACCGUCCAGCCGCCGGCGCCAAAGAGAAAGCAUGGCCGCCGGCGGUCCAGUACCACCACGCCCAGCCUGAACCCGCGGUUCGCCGUGUGCCGGAGGAAGGUGGGGAAGCUGCGGACCAUUGACACCCACCUGCUAGGGCCGUCCAUGCUGCUGGCCAGCCUCAUCCAGAUGGCGGAGGAGGACGAAGAAGGCGAAGGGGGCGGCCUGGGGGCGGGGCUUCCCGCAGGGGAACAGCAGGUGGAGGUGAGGGGCGGAGUCGGCAACAGAGCGGCAUUUUCCCGCUCCAGCAGCCUCCAAUCGGACCAAGAUGACGACAGCAGCGAUUACUCCAGCAACAGCCAAUCAGAAGGCAGCCUCCUGUCUGAGACGGAGCAGCUGCCUGAGGAGGAAGAGGAGGACGAAGCCUCCACCUCCUCCCUCUCAACCUCCGCCCUGCAGGUGCUGAUUAAGCCCCCGGAUGUUCUGUCCCAGUCGCGGCCCCUGAUCCGGGCCCCUCGCUGCCUUCGCAGGAACUCCUCCCAGGUGUUCGCCGGAGACCUGUCCCCGUUCGUCUGCUACCGCGGCUCCAGCCAGAGGAAGAGGAGGAAGAUCUCUAAGGCUGGGAGCCCCUGGCCGGGCAGAGGCCACCCGCUGCCCUGCCGCAAGAGCUCCGUCUACUACCUCAACCACCCGGCCUUCUACAGGGGCCCCGGGUUCCUCAGCCCGCUGGGGCCCCACAGCUACGACUCCCGCCUGGAGAGUCUGAGUGCCUUCUUGCUGAAAGCCAUCGCCAAGUCGGGCCUGCAGAACGCUGCGACUCAGUCCAACGCGUCCGGACAGACGGACUCUCAGCAGCCCAACAGCACCAUCGACUGGAGCGAGAACGCCCAGUACGGGGAACACAUCUGGUUCGAAGCCAGUGUUUCCGGAGACUUCUGUUACGUUGGAGAACAGUUCUGCGUCGCCAAGUCUCUGCAAAAGUCCGUACCACGGAUGAAAUGUGCUGGUUGUAAGAUAUCGGUGCACGUCAUGUGCAUGGAGCAGCUGGAGAAGAUUAACUUCAGGUGCAAACCGUCGUUCAGGGAACCGACGUCUCGAGCCGUCCGAGAGGCCAACGUUGUUCGACAUCACUGGGUCCACAGGAGACGGCAGACUGGGAAGUGUCGGCAGUGUGGGAAGGGCUUCCAGCAGAAGUUUACAUUUCACAGCAAAGAGAUCGUAGCCAUCAGCUGCUCGUGGUGCAAACAGGCGUAUCACAACAAGGUGACGUGCUUCAUGCUGCAGCAGAUAGAGGAGUGCUGCUCUCUGGGGGCCCACGCUGCCGUCAUCGUCCCUCCGACCUGGAUCAUCAGAGUCCGCAAGCCGCAGACGUCUCUGAAAUCCAGUAAAAAGAAAAAACGGACGUCACUGAAGUGCAACAAGUCGACCAAGAAGGGAGCAGAGCUCCAAGAUGGCCGCUGGAAGCCCUUCCUGGUGAAGCCCCUCCCCUCCCAACUAAUGAAGCCCCUGCUGGUGUUUGUUAAUCCGAAAAGCGGCGGGAAUCAGGGAGCAAAGAUCAUCCAGUCGUUCAUGUGGUACCUGAACCCUCGGCAGGUGUUUGACCUGACCAAAGAAGGACCCAGAGAGGGGCUGGAAAUGUACUCCAAAGUUCCCAACCUGCGGAUCCUGGCCUGCGGUGGCGACGGCACCGUGGGAUGGAUCCUGUCCGUGUUGGACCAGCUGAAGCUCCGCCCCCAGCCUCCGGUCGCCAUCCUUCCUCUGGGGACGGGAAACGACCUGGCCAGGACUCUGAACUGGGGAGGGGGUUACACCGACGAACCGAUCACAAAGAUCCUGUCGCAUGUGGAGGACGGGAACGUCGUCCAGCUGGACCGAUGGAACCUCAACGUGGAUCCAAACACCGAGGCUCGACCCGAGGAGCGAGAUGAGCAGCAGACCGACAAGCUCCCAAUCGACGUCUUCAACAACUACUUCAGUCUGGGCUUCGACGCUCACGUCACACUGGGCUUCCACGAAUCCAGAGAGGCCAAUCCGGAGAAGUUCAACAGCCGCUUCAGGAAUAAGAUGUUCUACGCUGGGACGGCCUUUUCGGACUUCCUGAGCGGCAGCUCCAAAGACCUCGCCAAACACAUCAGAGUGGUGUGUGACGGCACGGAUCUGACUGCCAAAGUCCAGGAGAUGAAGCUGCAGUGCCUCCUCUUCCUCAACAUUCCCAGGUACUGUGCCGGCACCACGCCGUGGGGAAACCCCAGUGAGAGUCAAGACUUUGAGCCUCAGCGUCACGACGACGGCUGCAUAGAGGUCAUCGGGUUCACCAUGACUUCUCUGGCGACGCUGCAGGUGGGCGGCCACGGCGAGCGUCUUCACCAGUGCAAAGAGGUGACCCUCACCACCUUCAAGUCCAUCCCCAUGCAGGUGGACGGCGAGCCCUGCAAGCUGGCGCCGUCCAUCAUCCGCAUCAACCUGCGGAACCAGGCCAACAUGGUCCAGAAGGCCAAGCGAAGGAUCUCCAUGCCGCAUCUGAACGACCAGCAGCCGGUUCCUGAGAAGCUGCAGAUCCGGGUGAACCGGAUCAGCAUGGCGGCGUACGAGGCUCUGCAUUACGACAAGGACCAGCUGAAGGAGGCCUCGACGCCGCUGGGAGUCAUCGUCGUCCCCGGCGACAGCGACCUGGAGAUGUGCCGGCUGCACAUCGAGCGUCUCCAGGACAACCCGGACCAGGAAGUAGAGCAGGACGGAGACGAGAUGAAAGGAGAGAGUCUGUCGUCACAAAAACUCUCCAUCAACUGGUGUUUCCUGGACUGUACGACUGCAGAUCGGUUCUACAGGAUCGACCGGGCUCAGGAACACCUGAACUACGUGACGGAGAUCUCUCAGGAUGAGCUCUACAUCCUGGACCCGGAGCUGGUGGCCAAGGAGACUGUGGGAACCUCCCCCAGUAUGCCGGACCAGUUCUCCUUCCCCUGCUCCCCCUCGUCACCCACCUCUCCCAGGCAGAGGAAGAGGAUCUCCAGUGACAGUUCGGUGUCAGAGGCUUUGACCCAGACCUCACCUAAAACUACUCUGCAAAGAAUCUCCACUGCUACCUCACAGGACCAUGAAAAAGAUGCGGAGCUGAUCAGCUGCGUCAAGAACGAGAACCUGAGCAGGCUGACGGAGCUCCACCAGCAGGGGGCAGAGCUGGCGCUGCAGGACGCAGACGGCCGCUCGCUGCUGCAUCACGCCGUCCAGACCGGCAGCAAAGACAUCGUCAAGUACCUCAUCGAAAACGUUCCCGCCUCCCACCUGGACCUCGCAGAGACGGAGACAGGAGAGACGGCGCUCCAUAAAGCUGCCGCUCUCUGCCAGAGGAGCAUCUGUCACUUCCUGGUGGAGGCGGGGGCGUCGCUCAUGAAGACGGACCUGCAGGGCGACACUCCCAAACAUCGGGCCGCCAAGACCGACGACCAGGAACUGGCCAACUACCUGGAGAACUGCCAACAUUACCAGAUGAUCCAGAGAGAGGACCAGGAGACGGCAGUGUGACCCUUCCUCCUCCCGGCUCUGUUGGGUUUUUCUUGUUCUCGUUCUCCACAGAGCUCCGUCUGUCGGAAUGUAAACUGAACAGAUCCUCUCUGCUGUCGGAGCCAGAUGGAUUCUUCUUCUUCUUUUUUUGUGCUUUAACUGAUGAGAGACGAGGCGUCUUGAUGAAUCCGGUUGCCUGAAGAAAGCUCUGUCCUGCGGCCGAACUGAGCGACACAAAAGGCUCGUGGACACCAAAACAAACUCAAACUAGUUUUUAUUUUCGAGCCACAAGGACGUGCAGAGAGAGCGACGCAGCUGCUGGCCGCCAACAGCGACAGCAUUCAUGUUUCUGCAGCUUUCAUAUCCAAUAAAGCAAAACGUGUCUUCUGUUAAGCUUCUAGUGACCUUUUGGAUGUUCACUGCAAACAAAUAAAUGUUUGGAUAUUUAAUGUAGACAGCGAUGAAUUUAAGUAUUUAUGAUCAGAUUGUAGAGAUAAACUCACUUUGCCUGUAAUCAGUUUUUAAUGUUUUACUGUCUGUUACAGCGGAGCGCUUUCGUUUUGAUGUCUGUGGACUGUAAAUACUCGCGAAGCCGUUAGUUAAAAAGAAGCUGAAUCCAGAUUCUGCCAAAGCAGUCGGAUGAUUAUAACGAGCUUCUGCGUCAGUCAGGAGAUUCUUAUCACUGUAAGAUAUUCAUGUAAGGAUUGUUUGGUUUCAUCAUUUCUGAGUGACCUGCAAUAAAGCAUGUCGGCAACAAAAUUA